CCACCUUUACACCAAACAAUCACCUCUGUAACAUAGCCAUGUUCAGGUUUUUCGUCGUAGUUGCUUGUGCUGUUGCUCUGAGUUCUGCUGGAAUUGCAAAGCAUUACAACGUAGUCCUUGACCACGGUUUUGGCGGAGCAUUUGGGGGACACGGAGGGUAUGAUGACGGAAAAGACACUCAUGGCGCAGAACUUUCUAGUUUAGCCCAUAGUUCCGCCAUACAGGCCAAAAAUGCUGUCCAGAAUCAACAUACCGCCGGCAGUCACGCUGCGUACGGCAUCAAAAGCAGUCUCGCCAGUGCUGCUUUAGGGGCCGCUCAAACCGCACAAGCAGCCCUUGUUGGAAAGCAUGCCAUCGUCGGCAACCUCAAACAACAACUGAGCGAAGCUCAGAAGCAACUCGAAGGCGAACUCGCCCUGCACCAACAAACCGAAAACGCCGCCCAUUCCGCUCAAGCAGCGGCCCAGCAAGCCCAGAACCAACUCAAUACCAUCACAGCUGCGUUAGCCACAGCUCAAGCGGGAGUACAACACGCCCAGCACGCAGCCGUUGAAGCUGCCAACUCCGCUUCCGUUCAGCAGAACAUGGUUGCCGAGGCUAAGCAACGCGUCGCUCACGUAUUGGGACAGCUUCAGCACGCCAGCGCUGAUCUCCAAGAGACUGAAGUGUCCGCCAGUAAGGCGGCUGAAGCUGCACACAUCGCCAAGUCCAAUGCAGCUGCCGCUGGUGCUGAGGUCACAGCUGCUGGAGCUAAAGGGGGAUAUUCCGGGCAUCAUUACUAAAAGAGACUUUAAAAAUACUUUUAU